AGAUCCCAACCGCUUUCCAGCUAAUUUUUUUCUUUCCCGUAGCCGAUUUUUUUUCUCUCAUCACUCUUUUAGUCAGCUAUGUUUCCUUCUUCGCACUGGACUUCAUGAACUAUAAAAUUUCUGUAAUCCUGCUAACUUUUUUGUGUUUUAUCUGAUUUUAGAAUCAUCUAGUGCUUUUGGAACGAGGUAUUAAAAUUUAAAUUGUUGUUGAGAAGCAUGAAAUUGAGAGGCGUACAAUUUUCGGAGUGUUUGAGUGAGCAAGGUGAAGCUUGAUUGACUGAUAUCGCGAUUGUUUUGAGAUUCGGAAUUCUGGUGAUUCGAGGGACUAGUUUUGAUGAGAUUGGAAGCGUCUGCGGUUUUGUGAAGUGAAUUCGGAAAUAAUUUGAAGUCGAGUUCUGAUCGGGAUCUUUCAUGGAUCGUAAUUGCUGGGUUUGAUCUCUCUAAUUUGUGUACUUGAUUAAGGUAUAUUCGAGGAGUCAAUUCUCCGAGGGAAUUAAAAUAAAAUCAUGGCUCAAAGUAACUGGGAAGCUGAUAAAAUGCUCGAUGUAUACAUUCAUGACUAUUUAUUGAAAAGAAAACUGCAUGAUUCUGCAAAAGCUUUCAUGACAGAAGGAAAAGUUGCUACAGAUCCCGUGGCUAUUGAUGCCCCAGGAGGAUUUCUUUUUGAAUGGUGGUCUGUUUUCUGGGACAUUUUCAUUGCAAGGACAAACGAGAAGCAUUCUGAACCAGCUGCAGCUUACAUAGAGACUCAACAAUUUAAACAAAGAGAGCAACAACAGCAGCUUCACAUGCAGCAGUUGCAACUCAUGCAGCAACGCACUGCCCAGUUACAGAGAAGGGAUCCUAAUCAUCAACCGCUUGGUGGUCCCAUGAAUUCUGAUGGGAUGAUGGGCCAGCCAUCUGCCAGUGUAUUGGCCAUGAAGAUGUAUGAAGAACGGAUGAAGCAUCCUCACCCCAUGGAUUCAGAGACAUCUCCAGGCCUCAUUGAGGCUAAUAGGAUGGCACUUCUUAAAUCAGCUUCUGGUCAGCAAGGGCAGUUGAUACAAGGCAACUCUGGGUGUAUGUCUGCAGCCUUGCAGCAAAUGCAAGGACGGCCUCAACUGGCUACUGACAAUAAAGGGGAAGUUAACUUGGGCGCAACACAAAAAUCUUUGCCUAUGGACCCAUCAUCAAUUUAUGGGCAGGUUCUCCAGUCAAAGUCUGGAUUGGGUGGUGCAGGAUUAAAUCAAGGAGUCACUGGUCUUCCACUGAAGGGUUGGCCUUUGACAGGAAUUGAUCAAUUACGGCCAAGUUUGGGUUUGCAAGUGCAAAAACCCAACCUGUCCACCCAAAACCAGUUCCUUUUGGCAUCACAACAGCAGCAAGCCCUUGCACAGGCCCAGGCACAGGGGAAUCUUGGAAAUUCGCCUAACUAUGGAUUUGGAGGAGUGCCAAGGGGAAAUUUUAAUGCCAAAGAUGGUCAACCUCCAAGAAAUGAUGGAUCUAUUUGCUCCCCUGUGCAGUCCAAUUCACCUAAGCUGAAAAUGGGCCAAAUGCAGCAGUCGUCCUCACAACAACAGGAUCAGUUGCAGCAGCAGCAGCAAUUGCAGCAGAAUAAUAGGAAAAGGAAACAACACUCUUCAUCUGGACCUGCCAAUAGCACAGGUACUGGAAAUACGGUAGGCCCCUCCCCAGGUUCACCACAAUCAACGCAUACACCCGGUGAUGGGAUGACCACAGCCAGCAGCCUGCACAAUGUUAAUAGUGUUUCAAAGAGUAUGAUGAUGUAUGGUGGAGAUGGAGCUGGUGGAAUCGCAUCAUCUACAAAUCAGCUUGAUGAUUUGGAGAAUUUUGGUGACGUUGGUUCCCUUGAAGAUAAUGUAGAAUCCUUCUUGUCUCAUGAUGGGGGCGAUGGUAAUAUGUAUGGCUCUUUAAAACAAAAUCUUACUGAGCAUAAAACAGAGACUUCUAAAGGUUUUUCAUUUGGAGAAGUUGGUUGCAUUCGAACAAGAAAUAAAGUAACUUGCUGCCAUUUUUCUUCGGAUGGGAAACUGUUGGCAAGUGCCGGGCACGACAAGAAGGCUGUUCUUUGGAAUAUGGAUACAUUACAAACAGAGAGCACCCCAGAAGAACACCAGUACUUAAUUACUGAUGUUCGCUUCCGGCCAAAUUCUACUCAACUUGCUACAGCUUCAUUUGACAAGUCCGUUAGAUUGUGGGAUGCGGCUAAUCCAAGCUAUUGUCUUCAAGCUUACACCGGGCAUAGUUCCCAUGUCAUGUCCCUCGACUUCCAUCCUAAGAAGAAUGAUCUUUUUUGUUUCUGUGAUAGUUCAAAUGAGAUACGUUAUUGGAGUAUUAACCCAUUCACCUGCACUCGCAUGUCGAAGCAAGUAGGAAGUGCACAAGUGAGGUUUCAACCUAUAACUGGACAUCUACUGGCAGCUGCUUCAGACAAGGUGGUUUCCAUCUUUGACGUGGAAAACGACAGGCAGACACAUUCAUUCCAGGGACAUUCUGGUGUUGUCAACUAUCUUUGCUGGGAUCUCAACGGUGAGCUGUUGGCUUCUGUCAGUGAGGACAGCAUUAAAGUUUGGUCAUUAGCCUCGGGAGAUUGCAUACAUGAGCUCAAUUCUAAUGGAAACCAAUUUCAUUCUUGUGUAUUCCAUCCAAGUUAUUCUGCUCUCUUGGUGAUUGGAGGACUACGGGCUUUGGAGUUGUGGAACAUGGUAGAGAACAAGAGCAUGACGGUUCCUGCACACGAGAAUAUAAUUGCUUCUCUGGCACAGUCACCUCUGACAGGAAUGGUUGCCUCAGCUAGCCAUGACAGUUCUGUUAAGCUGUGGAAAUAACACUGGAUGAUUUUCCUGUAGCAGACGAAGUCGUUGAUGGACUUUCUUGUGAGAUCCAUGGUCUCUCUGGGAAGUUUCUGCGUCAGUUAGUAUCAAUAUUGGAAUGCCACUUUUUACUUGAUAUACAUAUAUACACCGAGUUAGGGAAGCCGCGGGUCAUCCAGAUUGCUGCGGAGCUAUAAGCGGGAACGGGCAGAAUACAUUCAUCAAACAUCCUUCUCCACUCCAACUUAUUUAACUAGUAAAACCACUAACGAGUUUGUGCCAACUGCUGAAAAUGAAAAUGUGCAGGUCCUCUUGUUACUAUUA